GUGAUUAUUUUUAUUAUGGGAAUAUUUGGUAAUGUUAUUACUUGUUGGGUUAUUUUACGUAAUCCAAUGAUGCAAACUGCUACCAACUACUAUCUCUUUAACUUGGCAUUAUCUGAUUUACUAUUACUUGUACUUGGGCUUCCUUUUGAGCUGAGCGUUUUCUGGCAGCAGUACCCAUGGGUUCUUGGAUUGGGAUUAUGUAAAAUACGUGCUUACGUAUCAGAAAUGUCAUCUUAUGUAUCAGUAUUGACAAUAGUGGCUUUUUCUAUGGAAAGAUAUCUAGCUAUUUGUCAUCCUUUGCAACUUUAUACUUUGAGUGGAUUAAAACGACCUUUACGGUUUAUUUGUGCAUCAUGGUUGUUAUCUAUGAUUGCUGCAUUACCUUUUGCUAAUUACACUACCAUCAACUAUGUAGAAUAUCCACCUGGAAGUGGACAGAACUCAGAGGAAUCAGCUUUUUGUGCAAUGUUAGCACCGAAUAUGCCCAACUUUCCUCUCUAUGAAUUGAGUUGCUUGAUCUUCUUUGUUAUACCUUUGAUCUUGAUCAUGGUGUUAUACAUACGUAUGGGUCUGAGAAUACAAUCCAACGCACUUGAGAUGAAUAUUCAAGGUACAAUUCAUGGAGAUAGACGACAAGAACAAUCACGAAAAGCAAUCAUAAGGAUGCUUACUGCUGUGGUUAUAACGUUCUUCAUAUGCUGGGCACCAUUCCAUGCUCAACGACUCCUGUAUGUCUACGAUUCUACCAGAGAAUUUAGUGGAAUCAGUGAAUGGUUGUAUUUUCUCGGUGGUUGUCUGUAUUAUAUAAGUACUGCGAUCAACCCUGUAUUAUAUAAUGUCAUGAGUACUAGAUACAGAUGUGCUUUUAUGGAAACACUAUGCUGUACACCGGUCGUUAAUCAUUUCAACAGGGAAGAUCAAAGUAGCAUAAGGGACACAAUGAUUUAUAGAUGUGGGUCUUUCAAAUCCUCGCAAAUUAACCGCAAUCGUAACCGAAGCACAAGAUCUCAUUCAGAAGUUUUAAAAACUGACCAGAGCAAACGUCUGAGUGGUAACGAAUUAUUUAUCAAUCACAACACACUGAACAAUGGUAGAGGAAGUCAAGAUUCUAGAAAAUUAUCAUUAAAAAUAUAUUCGACUAAUAAUCAAAUGGGAUAUCAAAUCAAUGAAGCUAAAGCAUUGACUGAUGAAACAAAUAUUUAA